CAGCGCUCGCCAGGCCGCUCCACCCUCGCCCAUCACACCCACUCCGCCCGCAAUGUCGGACGACGCCGGCACGCCGCCGCCGGCGCAGAUCCUGCUCGGCGUCGCGGCGCGCGACCGCAAGGCACGCAGCAAGCCCAUGGGCCAGAUUCUCAACCGCAUCCUCGCCAACAAGGAGCUCGACUGCCGCAUCGUCAACUUUGGCGACAAGGUGCUGCUGGACGAGCCGCCGGCGUCGUGGCCCGUCGUCGACGUGCUCAUCUCCUUCUUCUCCGACGGCUUCCCGCUCGACAAGGCCAUCGAGUAUGCCGACCUGCGCCGCCCCGUGCUCGUCAACGACCUGCGCUUCCAGGCCGUGCUGUGGGACCGCCGCGCCGUGCUGGCCAUUCUCGAUGCCGUGGGCGUGCCGACGCCGCGGCGCCUCGAGGCACACCGCGACGGCGGCAGCAUCCUGGACCCGAAGAUUCUCGAGGACUGCAAGAAGCGCCUCGGCGUGGAUCUGGGCGUCAAGCGCGCGCAGAGCAGCGUGGCGCUCAAGGAGGGCGACGACGAUGUGCUCAUUGUCGAUGGACAGGAGAUCCGCAAGCCCUUUGUGGAGAAGCCGGUCAGCGGCGAGGACCACAACAUUCACAUCUACUUCCCGAAGUCGCGAGGCGGCGGCGGCCGACGGCUAUUCCGCAAGGUCGGCAACAAGUCGUCCGAGUUUGACCAGAACCUCGUCGAGCCGCGGACGGAGGGCUCGUACAUCUACGAGGAGUUCAUGGAUGUGAUCAACGCGGAGGACGUCAAGGUGUACACCAUCGGGCCGUACUUUGUGCACGCCGAGACGCGCAAGUCGCCCGUCGUCGACGGCAUGGUGAAGCGCAACCCCGAGGGCAAGGAGAUCCGCUACAUCACCAAGCUCAGCGAGGAGGAGGUGCGCAUGGCCACCAACAUUGCCAAGGCGUUCAAGCAGAACAUCUGCGGCUUCGACCUGCUGCGCGUCGGCGACAAGAGCUACGUCAUUGACGUCAACGGCUGGAGUUUCGUCAAGGGCAACGACUUCUACUAUGACAAGUGCGCCUCGAUUCUGUCGUCGUUCUGCAAGACGUCCGUGCCACGGCGCUCGCUCUCGCAGCCCGGCUCUUCCGGCUCGAGCGAGCGCGGCGGCACCGGCGAUGCCUCGGAGCAGAGCAGCUGGACGCUGAAGGCCAACGUCACCGUCUUCCGGCACGGCGACCGCACGCCGAAGCAAAAGCUCAAGCGCUCGUUCAAGCCCAAGGACGCCUGGACGGCGCCGCUGAUCGCCCUGCUGCAAGGCCGGCGCGAGGAGAUCAUCCUGCGGCAGAACCUCGACAUGAUCUCAAAGGCUGCGUCCGAGGCGGCCGCGCUGCCGGGCGCCAAGACGGAGGAUCUCGAGCUCGUCAUCUUCAUCAUCGAGCGCAAGAAGGACAUGCCGGGCACCAAGGUGCAAAUGAAGCCGAGCUACGGCGACGACGGCGAGCUGGAGAAGAUGCAGCUCAUCAUCAAGUGGGGCGGCGAGUUCUCGCAUGCUGCACGUCACCAGGCCAAGGACUUUGGGCAGAACAUGCGGCGCGACCUCAUCCUGCAGAACAACGAGGCGCUCAAGAACUGCACCAUCUACACGUCCUCGGAGCGGCGCGUGACGGCAUCGGCCGAGAUCUUUGCCGCCUCGUUCCUCGACGAGCCCGAGGAUCCGGCGCAGGAGCCGCUGCAGCUCGUCAUCCGCAAGGAUCUGCUCGACGACUCGAACCAGGCCAAGUCGGAGAUGGAUGCCGUCAAGAAGCAGCUCAAGGCCAGCCUGCGGCCCGAGAGCCCGCAGGCGGGCGUGCGGCCGCCGCACUGGCCCGAAGACCUGCCGCCGCCGGUGGAGCUGUGCCAGCGCGUGGCCGAGACGCUGCGCCAGCUCAACGCGACGAUGAAGGACAACUACGAGCGCCUCAACGUCGACAAGAUCCAGACGCGCUGGUGCACGCACGAGACGCCGGGCCUGUUCCGCGAGCGCUGGAACAAACUGUUUGCCGACUACGAGGAGGAUCCGUACGACCCGAGCCGCGUGAGCGAGCUGUACGACAUGCUGUCGCACGACGGCCUGCACAACCGCACGUUUGUCGAGACGGUCUUUUCGGCGCACGACGCCGCGCCGGAGCGCAAGCUGGACCCGCUGCACGAGCUGUACCGCAUGAGUCUGGCGCUCUUUGCGUGGACGUGCCCCGCCGAGUACGGCAUCGAUGCGUCGCAGAAGGAGCGCAUCGGCCUGCUCACCUCCAUGCCGCUGCUCAACCACAUCGUGGCCGACCUGCGUGCGUCGCAGGAGAAGCCGCUGUGCUCACUGUACUUUACCAAGGAAUCGCACAUGCACACGCUCCUCAACCUCGUGCUCGCCUCGGAGCUGCCCGUCAUCAUGGAGCAGAUGCCGCCGCUCGACUACUUUUCCAGCAUCACGUUUGAGGUGUUUGAGAAGACGUCUGCGCCGGGCACUACGAGCGCCGGGCACUCGCCGCGGCCCAGCUCCGUCAGCGGCAGCGGCGAGGAAGGCGACGGCACGUCACGCGAGUCCUCGUCGUCCGGCAGCACGCCCGAGCGCUCGCUGCUCAUCUCCGUCAGCGAGGGCGCGCACUCGUCGUCGAUCUUCUCGAUGAACCUCGAUGCGCGGCACGCACUGACGCCGCUGCCGCGCCGCCCGCUGACGCGGCACAUGGGCUACGACGAGGCGCUGGCGAAGCUGUCGGCGCACGAGGCCAUCGAGGCGAACCGCGGGCAGGUCGAGGGCGCCGCCGUCUUCUUUGGCGCCGAGGACAGCGAGCGCGGCGUGCUGGCGAUCAAGAAGGAGCGCCGCACGAGCGGCGACACGGACCGCACGAGCAUUGGCGCGGGAGCAAGAUGAACAGUGGAGAGGGGAUGGCAGUGGAGAGGGGGUGGCAGCGGAGAGGGGAUGGCAGCGGAGAGGGGAUGACAGAGGAGAGGAGAUGUGCUGCAUGUGCUGCGGAGCUGCAAUCAUAGAUGCCGGAUG